AUGUCCUCCUCAGCUGUUCUCAAGGCUUGGGAGGCAUGUGACUUGACUGAUACAGCUUUCGUGUUGGUUUGUACAGUGUUUUGUUGGCCAAUUAUACCAGCGGUCGGUCUUGCUUACAGUGGCUAUUCUCAUCGCCGAAAUGGAAUGUCUGCGUUUAUACCGUCGCUUUUGGUCAUUGGUUGCUGUACCAUUCAAUGGUUCUUCGUUGGCUACUCGCUUGCUUAUGGCGACGGAUCAGCUGUGAUUGGAGAUCUCAAGCAUUUCAUGCACAAAGGUGUUCUAGCUGAGCCGGUUGGAACGAUUCCAGCAAUCCUGUUCAGUGAAUUUCAACUCAUCUUUUGCGCAACCGUUUGCGCAAUUAGUGUUGGAGGAGCCUGUGAGCGAGGACGCGUGGUUUCCUUGAUACCUUUUAUAUUUCUUUGGGCCACGUUUAUUUACUGUCCUCUCGCUCAUAUGGUUUGGUCAGAAAAUGGAUAUCUGGGGAAGAUAGGUGUACUUGACUUUGCUGGAGGAACUCCUGUGCAUAUAUGCAGUGGAGCUACAGCUUCGGCAAUUUCCAUAUAUCUCUCGUAUCCUAUCUUCCGCUCUCGAAAGUCUUCUGUUCGCCAUCCAGCUCAUUUGAAGCUUCACCGACCCGGCAACUCGUUAUCCCAGUUGAUUGCUUUGGUUAUUAUUUGGAACUCAUGGUUGGCCUUUGAUGCUGGAACGACACUCAGUCUGAACUUUAAGUCAAUCAUGGCUCUAUGUGUUACCAAUCUUUGUGCAUCUGGCGGUGCCAUGACGUGGGCGCUGAUGACUUAUUUAGAGACUGGUAAAUGGUCACUCGACUCGACUUUUAUGGGCGCAAUUGCUGGACUUGUCAUGAUCACCCCAGCGGCAGGUUUCAUUGACAUGCCCACAUCUUUCUGCUUUGGUGUUGCGGGUGCCAUUAUAUGUCGCCAAGCUCUUCGGAUCAAAUCUACAAAAUUUGCAGCUCGACUCCGCUGGGUUGACAAUGGAGACACUUUUGCGACACACUGUGUUGGUGGAAUUGUCGGUACAGUAGCAACUGGUCUAUUUGCGCGGAAAGAAGUCGCUGCGUAUGAUGGGGCCACCUUUAUCGAUGGCGGAGUAUUCUUUGAUGGUAAUGUUCGACAACUUGGAAUACAGCUGUUGGAGGCGUUCAUCGGGUUUACUUGGUCUUUUGUGGGCAGCUUUGUGAUAAUUGCGCUGAUCGACUGCGUUCCUGGGUUUGAGGUCUUGGCUACGGACGAUGAUAUUGUUUCUGGGAUGGAUGUAGCAGAGAUGGAAGAGUCAUUCGAUGCUUUACCAGAAGACGACUACCACCCUUUUAAGAACGGAGAUAUCUCGCUGGAGUAG